CAUCCUCAUAUGUCAAAUAUUGCGGUUCCCUCCUAAACUUUAUCAGUCAUAUUUCUCCCGCGGGUCAAUGCUAGGAAGUUUCCCUGGAAAAAUCAGAGAAACUUGUGAAAUUCCAAAAUGUUCUUUUCUUCUCACAUUCGUCGUUAACACCAACCUCACUGAAAUGGGUUCAAAAUUCAGUUCAAUUCCUCGUGAUUUUCAGGAACCCGUUUUCAGUUUCUCUGGAAGACCAGAAACCCAAUUCAAUGCCUCUUGAUUUUCAGAAACCCGUUUUCAAUUCCUCUUGAGUAUUCAGAAACCCAAUUCAAUUCCCUCUUGAUUUUCAGUGAAUUGGGGUUUUCUUUCUGUGCAGACACAGGAAAACCAUCAUAUAGAUGGCGGAUGUUGGAGGGGCUGGUUUGGGAGCAGUAGCUGGUGAAGCACUGAGAGCUGCUCUGGAUUUUUCAGGCAGAGCCAUCAGCUUCGAUGACAACCGCCAAGGAUUGGAAUCAAGAGUCACUUCAAUGGAACCACUCAUACGUGAGAUUGAGGAGAUUGGCAGAGAAUUGGGCCUUCCGGAGGAAGAAAUCAGAAAGUUCACCGAUCGGCAAGACGAGUCCCAAAAGCUCGUCGGCAGCUGCUCGAAAACAUCGCGUUUCAAUUUCUGGAAGAGGGCUUCCAAGUCCAAAAAAAUCAAAGAAUUGGAGGAUUCGGAUGUGAAGUUCUAUCAGACCUAUGUGCAACUUCUGCAGACAAGGGAUAACAAAAAACAUGAGGCGAGGCUUAAUGAAAUCUAUGCAAUAUUGGAUGAAAUGAGAAAAGGUGGAAGGGUAUGUGCUCCGAGUGUGUUUGUAGGUCCGUGUGGAGCUCCGGAAGCUCCCGGAUUUACUGUUGGAAAGGCUGUGCCCCUUCACGAAUUGAAGAUCAGGUUACUCAAGGAUCUACAGGAAGAAGAUGCACAGGUGGUUGUGCUUUCGGCUCCAGGAGGACGUGGGAAGACUACAUUGGCAAGCAUGCUGUGUCAUGAUGUCGAAAUUAAAGGUGUAUUUAAGAACAAUAUUUUCUUUGUCACGUUUUCAAAGACACCCAACCUCAAGGUCAUUGUUCAGAAAAUGUUUCAACAUAAGAAUUUUCUGGUGCCCGAGUAUCAAGAUGAUGACGACGCAAUCAUUCAACUAGAAAACUUGUUGAAGCAAAUAGGACCAGAUCCUAUAUUGCUGGUCUUGGAUGAUGCUUGGCCUGUAUCAGAAUCCCUUAUUCAGAAGUUCAAGAAACGAAUACCAGGAUACCGAAUAUUGGUUACAUCAAGAUAUGAAUUUCCAAUAUUCAAUUGUACAUAUAAAUUGGAACGAUUGAGUGAUGGAGAUGCCAUGGAUCUGUUUUGUCACUCAGCAUUUCCACAUGGUGGGAGCAUCAACAUGCCAGAGGAUCUUGUCAACAAGAUAGUCAGAGGCUGUAGGGAAUUCCCGCUGGCCCUUACAGUGGUUGGUGGAUCACUCUGUGGACGACCGGAGGUGAUCUGGAAACGUACACUGGAGCAAUGGUCUAAAGGACAAUCCAUUUUUGAUUCCAACAGUGAUCUGCUUAUUCGUCUCCAAACUAGCAUAGAUGCCUUGGAUGAAAAGACUGAUGUCAAAGAGUGUUUCCUGGACCUAGGAUUAUUUCCUGAAGAUCAAAGGAUUCCGGCCAUGGCUCUAAUUGAUAUGUGGGUGGAACUGUACAACCUGGAUGAAGAUGGCACAUAUGCCCUUGCCAACAUCCAUGAACUAGCAUCCCGAAAUUUGGUUAAUCUUGUGUUUACAAGGAAAGAUGCAAGUGAGAUUGAUGGGCUCGUUAUUGAUGGCUACUAUAAUGAACAUUUUCUCACGCAGCAUGAUCUGCUCAGAGAUCUGGCUAUCUACCGGAGCAGCCAAGAGAGCAUAGAACAGAGGAAAAGAUUAAUUAUGGACAUAAGUGAAAAUGACCUCUCCAAGUGGUCCAUUGAACAAAUACAACCAUUUCAUGCCCGCAUCUUGUCUAUCUCUAUAGAUGAAACAUUCUCCUCAAGCUUGAACAACAUGCUACUACCUGAAAAAACAUUCUCCUCAAACUGGUACAGUUUUUCAUAUAUAUACAAAUCAUUACUUGGUUAUUUAUCCAAGCUGGUUCAGCCAUCUGACAAGCAACUACCUGAAGUUGAAGUCUUAAUAUUGAACUUCCGGACAACGAACUACAGCCUGCCCGAAUUCAUGGAGAAAAUGGAUCAACUGAAGGUUCUCAUCAUCACAAAUAAUGGUGUCUGCCCAGCUGAACUAAGCAACUUUGAGCUACUUGGUCAUUUAUCCAGUCUAAAGAGAAUCAGAUUAGAGCAUGUUUCAAUUUCUUUCCUUAGCGAGUCCAAAUUACAGUUCAGGAAUUUGCGGAAGAUAUCCUUGAUUAUGUGUAGAAUUGGCGAGACCUUUAGGAACUGUACUGUCGAGUUCGCCUAUAUGUUCCCAAAUCUUGUGGAGAUUGAUAUUCAUUGUUGCAGUAAUCUAGAGAAACUGCCUGAGGGGCUCUGUGAUAUUGUCUGCCUUAAGAAGCUCAGCAUCACUAAAUGUGAUGACCUGAAAGCACUUCCUGAAAGACUUGGAAUGCUAACAAAUUUAGAACUGCUGAGGCUUCAUUACUGUACAGAACUGACAGGAUUAACAGAGUCAGUUGGAAGCCUCCAGAAAUUAAGAUUCCUUGACAUAUCUUAUUGUUUAAGCAUAAGCAAUUUGCCAAUACGGAUAGGUGAGCUGUGUGGUCUGAAAAAGCUCGACAUGAGAGGUUGUGAACUGGGUCAGCUGCCAGCGUCCGUCAAGGAUCUUGGGCAAUUAAAGGAUGUGAUAUGCUAUGAGGACACUGCCGAUCUUUGGGAACCUUAUAAGAUUUAUCUCAACAAUCUAAAGAUAACUGUGCUUAAAGAAGACAAAAAUUUAAGCUGGCUUCCCAAUCUCCACCAUUGAGAAACCUCAGGUUGAGAAAAUGGUUUAGAACCUCAGGUAAGGCACCGAUGCUGAGCAGGAUUGAGAUUUUGGUGGAUGGCCGUCUUAUUUGUUUGAUUUGUGAGGAAUAAUGUAAUUAUGGGCUUUGUGUUUUCACAGUACCGUAACUAUGAACUUGUGUUUUUCUUGUUAUUGUUAUUGAGGAUGUUUUGAAGCGAGGAAUAAUGUAAUUAUGGACUUGUGUAUUACUGGUUAUUGUAAUUGAGAAUGUUUUGAAAA